AUGUUCUACGACUUGCGCAUCCUCAACUCUCGCGACUCCAACUUGUCGCUGAUCUGGCGACUCGCCAACUCGCGUCCGACGCGCAACGUCCAGAAGGCGGCGUUCCUGGCUGUGGAUGUCGCCUCGGCCUGUAAGACCCUGCUGGAGCGCAUCCCGGAGCCCAAGUACUCGAGACGGGGAACCGAAGAGAAGUUCUCGCUCUACCUACUCGGUCGCCUCACCUAUGGCAUCGUCCUGCUCUACCAGAAGCAGCUCUUUUUCCUCGAGAUGGACAUGAAGGAGACUGCGGCGAACCUGCGCGGACUCUCCAGCAUCCAAUUCCAACAGAAGAAGCGCCAGACCAUCGAGAAGACGCCCAUUCACAAGAAGAAGCGCAAGCUCAGCGACAGCGAGGGCUCGCGAGCCAACCUGAGCCUCGAGCAGCUGGAUCAACAAGCCAACCGGGCCGCCAUCGAGCGCAUCACCCUCAAUGAACCGGAAGCUAUCUUCGAUUGGAGGGAGCGGAGCUGCUUCGGUGAACGGGAUGAGCUGCCGGCCCCCACAGAAGAAUACUACCAAAUGCUCGCGAGCGGGGAUAUUAUGUUUUCCGCUGAACAUAGCAAGGACAAGACCGCGGUUCCGCAGCUGGCCAACAACAACAACGGCGAGGCUACGUUGGGCGAAAAGACGGUGCCAGCUCGCGAGUCUCAGCUGCCGUUCGAAGAUAUCAAGCAGGUCACUGAUGCUGAAAUGCUGGCUCCCGGAGCCGAAUUCCUCGAUCCUCUUCAACAAGACGACCUCAUGCAAGACCUGCAGUUCAACGCUCUGGACCUGCUUGACACGCAGCCUCCGAUCGAGCAACAACUGCAGGAGAUGGACAAAGAGAUGGAAGAGCUCGACCAAAAAGCCAUCGACAGCCUUCACCUCGAAAGCCUCAACACUGCCGAUGUCUUGGCUGAAGAGUUGAGCGCAAAGCGCAAGCACCAAAAGAAGAAGCCAUCAAAACUCAUCAUUGAUGAUGACAUCCAACUUUCUGUGCGCGCUAUCAAGAGGCUGAUGGAUGAAAUUGCUGAGGGUCCUAUAAAGGUACCACCGAAACCCAGCCAUCUCCCACGUGGCCAGCUGUUGGCUGAGCAGCUCUUCGCCCAGCGCCCACUCACUUCGAUCAAUUACAACAAGGAUCUGGACAUCUGCUUCCCGACCCGUGGCGACGAGCGCUUUAUCGUCGACGAAGAUGACGUUCAAAUCGACCCGCUCGAGGCUAUCGACAUUGGAAAGCCACCGGCGACGCCACUUCCGCAAGUUGAGCCGCUCCCGGCUGAUGAGCUGCAGCAACUGAAUCUAAUGGAUGAGAUGCAAAUGAAUCCGUUCGACCAGCCGAUGUUCCACGACAUGAUGCACGAGUUGGCGCCGCCACAGCAACAGGAUGAAGAGCCCGAGGAGGCGCGCCGUCGCGUCAGCUCGCUUGCGCACGCCAACCGUGUCAGCUUGUUCCCGCAAGGCGAAGGAUCGAGGCUCGAGGAAGACGACGGGGUCAAGCCGCUGCUCACCGAACUCAUCUCUGACCGCGACUCGACCCACGCGGAUCGGCUGGACACACGCGAGACGUUCUUGGGAAACGCCCAUCUACUGGCUAAUGAUGACGGCCAGGUCAACAUGUCCGAGCUGGUGCCCCCGCACUACACCACCGCCCCGCUGGCCGCUCGCCGUUUUGCCCUCCUUCUCGAAUCGCUCAAGUCUGGCGAGGUGCUCAGCGUGUUCCAGCCCGACGCCUUCGACGAGAUCUGCAUCCAGCUUCCUCCAUUGGCCGCCAAC